AUUUUUCACCCGAUCCAAGAUCAGUUUGGUGUCGACAAUCAUCGGAAGGGAUGGAAGAAUUGUGUCGCGCGCUCAGUUUGGUCAAUUGUUGUAUCAGUUUGUAACAGAGUGGAGAAAAAAAAAUUCCACUGCUUGAAGGAAGUGAGGAUAAAAAGCCUGAACUGGUGGAUUCCAUUGUGUGCAAUCGUUGUAUCUGAUCUGUGGCUCUUAUUCCGUGCCAGCAAACGACUGAAAGAAGGAAAAUCGAUAUUUUCUUUUGAGGCUUAGGCUAGAACCACUUUGUGUUGUGAAAAGUGAUUAAAAAAGGUGCGAUUCUUUUCCUUCCUGAAGAUGCUGAAGAGCUACCGGAAAGUGCCCCAGCAGAGGAACCGAAAGGAAGCGGCAAACGACCUUGGAUUAUGAUUUGUGAAAAGUGGUGAGCAGCGGAAUCGAAAAAGCUACGAACAGUUCAGAUGGUCCGUCUCCGAAUGUGAGAGAAUCGGUGUAAGCUGGUUGCGACGGAGAAUCUGUUUCAACUUUUUUUUUUGCGGUUCGAAACCCUUUUCCAGAUACCAUAGUUUUGUUUGCGGCGGCAGCAAAACAAAAAAGGAUUAUUUAACCGUGCCGAGUCCGACAUUCCGUGAAUAGUUUGUACAUUCCAGUGGUUCAACGGGAAAGUCAGUCGGAAUCAAGUGAAAAGUGAGUGACCUGUAAUCAGAUUUACGAAUGGUGACGGACACAUUGGAGUACCAACGCCGUGCUAAGCUAGUGCUGGGCUCGGAAUAAAAAAUAAAUAAUAAUCACAUACCAAUCAAGUAAAAUUGUGUCUCCUGUUUUCAAAAAGGUCAUGAAAAUGUUUCUCUGGAUUAAAGCUUUAAGCUAAACGGUGAAUUUGGCGUGCGGCGUGCGAUCAGAGUGGUGAAGGGGAAGCGGGAAAGUACGGAAACUCGCGUGACUAAGCAAAACGAGAAAAGAAAAAAAUAACAACAACAACCAAGGCAGUUCGGAAACUGCCUCCUGUAGGAAACACACUAGCGAAGCAAAAAAAAAAUGAAGCCCAUUAGCUACCGCGGUUUGGCAAUUCACGUCGUGGGUGGUGGUGGUGUUUGAAGGAGUACGCCAGGAGACAGGCAAAGGCGAGGAUUCACGAGCCGUACAACCGCACUCCCUCGGGCCUACCGGCAGUACUCAGCAGUCGUAAGGCAGACAGGUUCCAUCAACGUCAACACGCUGCUACUGCCGCUACUACUGCGACCGCUACUGCCCUGCCAAGCGUUGCGAAAACUUCGCACGGAACAGAAAUGGAAUUCAUGCAGAGGAAUAUAAUCAUAUCGCUUUUGAUCUUCGUGUUCGGACUGGCAAAAGACAUUUGCUUCUGCCUGCGCCUGACGGAGGUUCGCAUCCCCAACCAUGUGGCCAAGAAUAGCACCGUCCAGCUCGAAUGUCACUUCGACCUGAACGGCGAGGCGCUCUACUCGGUCAAGUGGUACAAAGACGGCAACGAGUUCUACCGAUACGUUCCUAGAGAUAGCCCACCAGCUCAGUUCUUCCUCCUGACGGGAGUGUCAGUUGAUCUACUAAAUUCGACUGAAAAUCAGAUGGUGCUAAACAAUGUAACUCUGGCCUCGUCCGGACGGUAUCGUUGCGAAGUGUCAGCAGAAGCGCCCUCUUUUCAGACCGUCUCCAGCCACGGCGACAUGGUAGUGGUCGCCUUACCGGACACGGAUCCGAAAAUCACUGGUGGAAAGCCUCGCUAUCAGAUCGGUGACAUGGUCCGGGUGAACUGCACAUCGGGACGGUCGAAGCCAGCGGCCAAACUGACGUGGUUCAUCAACGGAGAGGUGGCCGAUCCAACCUUCCUGCGCCGCUACGACACUGUGAUAACUGGGAGAGAAGGCCUAGAGACUACAAUUUUAGGAUUAGAAUUCCGCGUGCGGUUGCGGCAUUUCAAACGCGGUGAUAUGAAGCUGAAAUGCGUUGCCACGAUAGCUCACGUGUACUGGAAGAGCAACGAAGAAAGCGUGGAAGGUGACAAGCAGCCGAAACCACCGGCGCUCGAGUCGAAAGAGACACUCCAUCCCAACGGAUCCCGGGCGGAUCGGCAAGAAAGUAACUCCAGCUCCAGCAACCAGCGGCGGAGAUUUAUGACCGGUGCUUCGGCUGUUACCAACGUGCUCCUGUUGAUGCUGCCGUCGCUGCUUUCGGUGCUGCUCAACUCGCCGUCAGUGGCCUCGUUGGCACCGUCACCAAGGUUUUCCUCGAUCGGAAGAUAACUUCAUCCCCGAGGAGACGAAAAUGGAAAACGAAUAAACGAAGACCAGCAGGAAGAAGAAAGAAAAAACUAUCAGCAUCUCGCAGUCGCUGGCCACCCGUCGUCGGGUGGCGAAUCACGUAUCUUAGUGGCUUUUAUAUUACGUUUUAGAUUUUAAUGAAGAAGUAAACCCACUUCCAAUUCACCUCCCCCCUCCAAAAACUAGCAAGAGAGCAAACACUUUCUAGAUUAAAUUGAAUGCCAAAGAUAUAAAAGAAGGAGCUGUAAAUUUUGCGAGAUUACAACCAACGACGGAGUGGAGGGGAGAAAAAUUAAUAACACUGGGUGCCAUUCGGAGUGAGCGAGUCGAGUCAAGACAGAGUGAGAGGGUGCGAAUCAAACUGUGAGAUACGGUUCUGUACAUAAAUGUAAAAUUUGUUUCUAAGUUUUAACGAUACGAUCCGAGGCUUGGAGUGCUUGGAAACAAAACCAAAAGUUUAUCCUAAGUUGCUACUUAGAAAAAAACAAAAACAAAUGAAAAUCUAGACAAAAACAAGGUUGAUAACAUCGAUCAUUCAAGCGGUCUCGCAAUUAAUACAUGUCAAUUUAUGAGAAAAGUUAAAGGAAAAGAAAGAAGAACAAUGUUUCUACACAAAAAAAAACAGUAUUACUUAUCGUUGAACUAAACUAUCAAACAAACAAACUGAAACAGACUAACUAAUUCGUCAUAUCAGGUGGAAAUACGCGUAAAUACACACUUUUUAAACUACUUAUUUAUGUGACGGAAAUUUCGCUCUUAAACUUAAAAAAAGUACAUAUUUAUGGGAAAGCCAACAGCAGCUGCUGCAACGGCACUGCUGUCUACUCGGAUUCAAUGUGAUUUUUUCCUUUGCAAGAUAAAUUAAUUUCCCCUUAACUGGAUUCGAAACGUCUCACAUAUUGAAAAAAACACUCGAAACAUCAUCAGUAUUAGUCGACGAAGCUACAUAUGGCAGCAAAUAUCGAAUCGAAACCAACACUUUGGGCUUCGAGAUUCAUUAUCAGCCCUCAUCAAAUUUUACAGAGAAAUCAAACUUUUCCCCCGAAGAAAGCCAUAUCAGCAGCAGCAUCCUCCCCCAUGCGAAUCUUCGCUGCAAAAAAAAACAAAACGCAUCUAGUCGAUAAGAUCAUUUGUUAAGAAUCCCCACAACAGAAAAAAAAAACAAGCAGAAAAUGAAAAUAAAAGAAGAGACUUCAAUCCAAGUAUAUGACGUACAUUCAGAAUGCUACGAAGAAUGUUUUGUUAAUCCGAAAGAGAUGGGAGCGCAAGGUCUUCUGUUUCGGAAUUGAAUGUGAUGAUUGUUGAGAAACUAAUGGUGAAAAUAUGUUUCGUUUAGGUCAUAACUAUAUUUUUUAUGUUAAUGUUUGAAAAAUGAUAAAAAAAAAUCUGUAAGAAAAUUUCCCCGCUUUGCCCCUCUCUCGAAUGAUAGACCGAGAGAGCGAGGAGAGGAAGAAGAAAAAAUACAAUUGAAAUCCCCGUUCCGAGCCCAGAGAGAAGCAGAAGACCCCAAAAUCUAGGCAAAAUUUGUUGUUAUCGAUGAGGAGAAGAAGGGUUGGAACAAUGAGCCGAUUCGUUUAUUUUAUAUUACCAAACGUCUUAGCAAUAGGCGAUAGGGUUGAUUAUUAUUGUAAAUAAUUUUCAUAUGAAUCAGAUACGAUUUAGUGUAUUUUAUUAAUAAAUGUAUAAAUUCAUGAAUCUUU